UCCCUCCUUUAUUAACUUCCUCCCUCUGAUUUACACACCCCAACCCUUUGAUUCAUCCAUCCCCUUUCUGAAACCCUAGAUCUUUAUCUUUCUCAUGUCUUCUUCUUCGACGGCGUUACUGUUCAAGUUGAUGAACCCUCCCCCUUCUGAAACCCUAAAUCUUCAUCUUCCUCUCUUCUGAAACUCAUCCCUUUUCUCUUCGUCUUGUCGUCUGAUUUUGGGGUUUUUUUUCUAAAAAAAUCCGGUAAUGGAGUCACCUAAUUCUUCUCUCUCUCAUCCUGCACUGAAGUUGUUGUUUGGUGAUUUUGAAGAUGAGGAUUCAUAUAUUUCCUCACCACAUUCUUCUGUUGAAACCUCUCCAAAUUGGGGAAGAACCAUGGACAGUAAGGAUGAAAAAUUUUCGGCUAUAUUUGAUUUGGGACUUGAUCUACCUGAUGAUGAUCUUUUUCCUUCAUCUGACUCAGAAGAUUAUGAUGGAGAAGAUGAUGAUAUUGUUUAUGAUGUUAAGAGGCCCUUCUCUCGUAUUUCCCUAUGUGGCUCAGGUUCUCCUGGGUCAAUGAACGAAAUGAUAUCCGUAUUCACAUGGGCCGAGAAAAGUGUUCGUUAUUUGUAGCCGUGAAUAAAGUGUUGAAGAGAUCGAGGAGGAAGUGAAAGUAUAGAUACAAACCCCCUUUAUAAAAUG